UAUACUGAGAAAAACUAAUCAACACCAAAACACCAUCACUAUUAUUAUUAAAAAUCAUCAAAUUAAAGAUUUGUUGUAAUCUUACUGUGCAUGUAUCGACUUCCAUUCAAUCCUUGUCGUGAAACCAUCACCACCACCACACUGCUCCACCUCCACCCCCACCGACGCCGCCAAUUUAACUCAUCAGCCCAAAUGGGCAAACAAAGACGAUCCCAAACCCAAAUUCAAACUCAGCCCCACCCUGACGCCACCACCACCGCCGCCACAACAACCACCACCGACCUAGCCAUUGCUCCUUCUCAACCCCCCUCUCCCACCACCACCAAAACCAAAAUCCCCAUCCGCCGCCGAAAGAAACGUAAACUCUCCGCCGCCGCCAAAUCACAUCAAGAAAACCCUAAAUCCAGCUCCCCCAAGAACAAGCUUUACCCCCUUCAACCUAAGCCAAUUCAGAGAAUCGUCUCUCGAUCACUGUCUUGCGAUGGCGAAAUUGAAAUCGCCCUUCGACACCUUCGAAAUUCCGAUCCCCAACUCGCUCCUCUUAUCGAAAUCUACCCACCCCCGACUUUCGAUUCUUUCCAACCCCCAUUCCAUGCCCUAGCCAAAAGCAUUCUCUACCAACAACUCGCUUGCAAGGCUGGAACUACGAUCUACACUCGCUUCGUCGCCCUCUGUGGCGGCGAAUCGAGCGUUCUCCCAAACACCGUUCUUGCCCUAAACCCUCAGCAGCUUCGACAUAUCGGCGUUUCGGGUCGAAAAGCUAGUUACCUUCAUGAUCUUUCGAGGAAGUACCAAAAUGGGAUUCUCUCUGAUUCGUCAAUUGUCGAAAUGGACGAUAAAUCUCUCUUCACAAUGCUUACAAUGGUUAAUGGGAUUGGGUCUUGGUCAGUUCAUAUGUUCAUGAUUUUCUCUCUUCACAGACCUGAUGUUCUUCCAGUAAACGAUCUGGGUAUUCGCAAAGGUGUUCAGCUUCAUUUUGGGCUUGAAGACUUGCCUCGGCCAUCGCAGAUGGAGCAAUUGUGUGAUAAGUGGAGGCCCUAUCGGUCUGUUGCUUCGUGGUACAUGUGGAGGUUUGCGGAAGCCAAGGGGGCGCCUUCGAGUUCUGGGGCAUUGGCUGCACCUGCCACGAGUUUGCAGCUGCAACAGCAAGAGCAGCAGCAGCAGCAGCAGCAACAGCAUGAACACCAACAACAGCAACACCAGCAGUUUUUGGAUCCUAUCAAUGGCAUUCUCAAUCUGGGGGCCUGUGCGUGGGGACAAUGAUUGGGAUCAGAAAGUGUUGUUUUGAUUAUGCUCAUCCAUCCAUCACUUUGAGAAGGCGGCUUUAAAGCAGUGGGAGGAAGAUUAGGAGAUUACUUGGUGCAAAAACCUUGGAUUGUCGAGGCUCUUGAGAUGAGCACUUUUAACUUCAAUCUAGUAAAUUAUUUGCUUCGGGUUUUAAAAUAAAAACUAUAUGCACUCUUAGUUCUCUUUGUGUCCAAGAAAUGCCAGUUCUAAAUUGUUAAUUUUCUUUCAUAGGACUGCUUGGAAGCUGAUGUAUCAUCAAAAUGCUUGCACAUUUUGUUUAAUUUGAAACAGCAUGUUCACUUGUACUUCA